AUGGUUACUGCUGCCGAGGUCAAACCCAUCUGGGUGUCUCCGAUGGAUGUCCUCCGGGCGAAAUUGUUUACAUGGACAAAAAUGAGUAAAGGAAAUAUCGCCAAAUGCGACCCAUUCAAUCCUUCAAAUCACGGCUGUCCGAACGGUUUCACCUGUCAGUGGUCAAUUCGCACUCAACGAUACAGUGCUGCGGAGGCCAAAUCCCGUUAUCUCCAGCUCUGA